CGGGGUGGGCUCCCCACUCUUUGAGGAUCUCUCUCGCCUUGUAUCGGCCUAAUUCCCCCCACCGUUGCCUUUCUUUUGCCCCCCCAAAUCGGACAGAGCCUUAUGUGGAGGCAACAGCGAGAAGCGCCUUUGCCUUUCUCUGCGGGAAGAGAAAGGAGACAAAACCGCCUGGAAAGAAGGCAAGAAAAAACCCCAUUUCCCGGCCAUCGGGAGCCCCCCUCUCUCCCAGCACCCCCUCUUUUUGUGCCCCUUUUUGGAAGGAAGAGAGGAAGGACAAGAGGAGGAGGAAGAAGAAGAGAAGAAGAAGAAGAUGUCUUUGCGAACCGGCAAUGAGCGCAAUGCCGACACCGCUCAUCCUCGCUGCCCGGUGGUGACGCUGGAGGCGGCCCCGCUCCCGGCGACCCCUCCGCCCCCGCCGCUGUCCCCGCAGCCGCCCUCGGGCCCGGCGCUAUCCGGCAGCCGCUCGGAGAAGGGCUCCUCCUCGUCCUGGUCCAGCCGCUCGCUGGGCGCCCGCUGCCGCAACUCCAUCGCCUCCUGUGCCGACGAGCAGCCCCACAUCGGGAACUACCGCCUGCUCAAGACCAUCGGGAAGGGCAACUUCGCCAAGGUCAAGCUGGCCAGGCACAUCCUCACCGGCAGAGAGGUGGCAAUCAAAAUAAUCGACAAAACCCAGCUGAACCCAACAAGCCUCCAAAAGCUUUUCCGUGAAGUCAGGAUCAUGAAGGGCCUCAACCACCCCAAUAUUGUGAAACUUUUCGAAGUUAUAGAGACGGAAAAAACCCUCUACUUAGUGAUGGAAUAUGCCAGCGCUGGCGAAGUCUUCGAUUACUUAGUCUCUCAUGGCCGGAUGAAAGAGAAAGAAGCCCGGGCCAAGUUCAGACAGAUUGUCUCUGCUGUGCACUAUUGCCACCAAAAGAACAUUGUCCAUAGGGAUCUCAAGGCCGAGAACCUCUUGCUGGACGCCGACGCCAACAUCAAGAUCGCGGACUUUGGGUUCAGCAACGAGUUCACGCUGGGUUCCAAGCUGGACACCUUCUGCGGAAGCCCUCCUUACGCCGCUCCGGAGCUCUUCCAGGGCAAGAAGUACGACGGGCCCGAAGUGGACAUCUGGAGCCUUGGGGUCAUCCUCUACACGCUGGUCAGCGGCUCACUGCCCUUCGAUGGGCAGAAUCUCAAGGAGCUGCGGGAGCGAGUGCUGCGGGGCAAGUACCGCGUCCCCUUCUACAUGUCCACCGACUGCGAAAACAUCCUCAGGCGCUUCUUGGUGCUCAACCCGGCCAAGCGCUGCACCUUGGAGCAAAUCAUGAAGGACAAAUGGAUCAACAUUGGCUACGAAGGGGAUGAGCUGAAGCCCUACAAGGAGCCCGAGGAGGACUUUGCAGACGCUAAACGGAUCGAAGUGAUGGUCGGCAUGGGCUACACAAGGGAAGAGAUCAAGGAAGCCUUGACCAACCAAAAAUACAACGAAGUCACAGCCACCUACCUCCUGCUGGGCAGGAAAAAUGAGCAGGUGGAAGGGGGCGAGUCCCGCACGGGCAGCAGCCUGUCCUUGGCCCGGGUGCGGGCGCCCAGCGAGGCUUCCAACGGGACCAGCAAGUCCUCCUCCUCCUCGUCCUCCUCGCACUCCAAGAGCCAACGGGGGUCUUCUACUUACCACCGGCAGCGGCGGCACAGCGACUUCUGCGGACCCUCUCCGGUGCCCGUGCACCCCAAGCGCAGCCCCACCAGCACCGGGGACGGCGAGCUGAAGGAGGAGCCGCGCAUGCCCUCGCGCAAGGCCAGCUGCAGCGUGGUGGGCAGUGGCCGCGGCAUCCCCCCCUCCAGCCCCAUGGUCAGCAGCGCCAACAACCCCAACAAGUCGGAGAUCCCCGACCGGCGCAAGGACAGUGCCGUCAACACGAAUAACAUUCCCUCGAGCAUGAUGACCCGGAGGAACACCUACGUCUGCACGGACCGGCCAGGCGGGGAGCGGCACUCCUUGCUCCAGAACGGCAAGGAGAACAGCUCUGCCACCAGCCGCGUGCCGCCGGCCUCGCCCUCCAGCCACAGCAUCGCCGCCAGCUCCUCGUCCUCGGAGCGCACCCGCCUCUCGCGUGGCACCAACAUCCGCAGCACCUUCCACGGGGGGCAAGUGCGGGACCGGCGCGGGACCGGGGUGCAGAACGGGCCGCCCACCUCGCCCACGCUCUCCCACGAGGCCAGCCCCUUGCCCCAGAGCCGCAGCCGGGCCACCUCCAACCUCUUCAGCAAACUCACCUCCAAACUCACACGAAGGGUCGCAGACGAACCUGAGAGAAUCAGGGGACCUACGCUCACAAGUGGCAAUCUACCUUGGCAUCAAAAGGAAGCAGAACCCCGGCUGCUCCGAUUUACCUGGAAUGUGAAGCUGACCAGCCCCCGCUCGGCCGAGGCCCUGCUGGCCGCCCUCCGCCAGGCCACGGACUCUGCCCACUGCUUCUGCCGCCAGACGGAGCCCUUCGUCCUCUCCUGCUCCUUCGAGAAGGCCCCCAGCGAGCACUUCUGCGCCUUCGAGGUGGAGGUCUGCCGGCUCCAGCGCCUGGGCGGACUCCACGGGGUGCUCUUCCGCCGCCAGGCCGGCACCUCCCUGGCCUUCCGCAACCUGGUGGGACGGAUCUCCGACCAGCUGCAGCUCUAGCCGGCCGGACCCUCGCCGGAGACCCCCGACCCCUCCGCUCGCGCCAGAAACACACCCGGUGCCGCCCUGCACGCUUCCAACGUUUCAGGGUCCGGCGCGCCGAGGAGCUGCUCUGGGGACGGGGUCGCCUUGCAAUUUGGGGGGCAUUUGAUGCAAUUUUGGGGUGCAAAACAGGUGGGACUCUUCUGGAUGAAAGUAUCCAAAGGAAGGAGCGAAAACAGGCUGCGGACAAGAUCCUCCACCCCGUAGUUUCAGGGAUGGGUCUGAUCCAGUAUUGUGGUGCAUUGAGGAGCUGCUCUGGGGAUGGGGUCACCUUGCAAUUUGGGGGGCAUUUGAUGCAUUUUUGGGGUGCAAAACAGGUGGGACUCUUCUGGAUGAAAAUAUCCAAAGCAAGGAGCGAGAACAGGCUGCGGACAAGAUCCUCCACCCCGUAGUUUCAGGGAUGGGUCUGAUCCAGUUUUGUGGUACAUUGAGGAGCUGCUCUGGGGAUGGGGUCACCUUGCAAUUGUGAGGGGAUUUUGGGGAGCUUGAUGCAGAUUUUGGGGUGCAAAAGAGGGAGAUGCCAUUAGAACUCUAUCCCAAGGAGGUCCCUCUAUGGUUCCAACGUUUCAGGGUCUGAUGCAUCGAGGAGCUGCUAUGGGGAGGGGGUCGCCUUGCACUUGUGGGGGGCAUUUGAUGCAGAUUUGGGGUGCAAAAGCUGGGGGUGUCGUUAGGGCUCUUCUGGACAAAAAGUAUCCAAAGGAAGGACAAGAUCCUCAACCCCAUACUUUCAGGGAUGGGUCUGAUCCUGUAUUGCAAUGCGUCAAGGAGCUGCUCUGGGGAGGGGUCACCUUGCACUUGUGGGGGGUUCGGGGGCGUUUGAUGUGGAUUUUGGGGUGCAAAAGGUGGGGGUGACAUUAGGACUCUCCUGGGAGCCAAAUAUCCCAAGGAAGGAGGGAUAACAGGCUGCAGACACCAACAUUUCAGGGACUGAUGCAUCGAGGAGCUUGCAAUUUUGGGGGGCAUUCGAUGCAGAUUUAGGGUGCAAAAGGUGGUGAUGUCAUUAUAGCUCUUCUGGGUGAAAAGUAUCCAAAAGAAGGAGUGAUAAGAACAGGCUGCAGACAAAAUCCCUGUAUGGUUCCAAGUUUCAGGGUCUGGUGCAGUGAUUCCCAAAGUGGGCGCUACUGCCCCCUGGUGGGCGCUGCAGUGAUCCAGGGGGGCGGUGAUGGCACCUAUUAGGACACGGGGGCGGAGCUAGAAGAGUGGGUGUGGCUUCUUCCCAAGAGCCCGAGACAGGGCUGAGAAUCUAUACCUCUCCUGAGGCACUUGUAGGAACACAGAGGGCGGAGCUAGGGAAGGGGGCGGGGCCUCUUUCCAAGAGCCUGAGACAGGGCUGAGCAUCUAUACCUCUCCUGAGAGGCCUUUUAGGACUAAAGGGCGGGGCCUCUUCCCAGGAGCAGGAGACAGGGCUGAGCAUCUAUACUUCUCCUGAGAGGCCUUUUAGGACUAAAGGGCGGGGCCUCUUCCCAGGAGCAUGAGACAGGGCUGAGCAUCUAUACUUCUCCUGAGAGGCCUUUUAGGACUAAAGGGCGGGGCCUCUUCCCAAGAGUGUGAGACAGGGCUGAGCAUCUAUACUUCUCCUGAGAGGUCUUUUAGGACUAAAGGGCGGGGCCUCUUCCCAAGAGCAUGAGACAGGGCUGAGCAUCUAUACCUCUCCUGAGAGGCCUUUUAGGACUAAAGGGCGGGGCCUCUUCCCAGGAGCAGGAGACAGGGCUGAGCAUCUAUACUUCUCCUGAGAGGCCUUUUAGGACUAAAGGGCGGGGCCUCUUCCCAAGAGCACGAGACAGGGCUGAGCCUCUAUACUUCUCCUGAGAGGCCUUUUAGGACUAAAGGGCGGGGCCUCUUCCCAGGAGCAGGAGACAGGGCUGAGCAUCUAUACUUCUCCUGAGAGGUCUUUUAGGACUAAAGGGCGGGGCCUCUUCCCAAGAGCAUGAGACAGGGCUGAGCAUCUAUACCUCUCCUGAGAGGCCUUUUAGGACUAAAGGGCGGGGCCUCUUCCCAGGAGCAGGAGACAGGGCUGAGCAUCUAUACUUCUCCUGAGAGGCCUUUUAGGACUAAAGGGCGGGGCCUCUUCCCAAGAGCUCGAGACAGGGCUGAGCCUCUGUAUACCUCCCAUGAGUCGCUUGUUCGAACACGGGGGUGGGGUAUAAAGGUUCAUCCCCAUCAGGCACUUGGGAAGAGGCCCCGCCCCCUGUGUCCUGGCAGGUGCCGCAGGACAGGGAUAGAAGCUCAGCCCUGUCUCAGAGCUCAUAACUCCGCCCAUCUGUCCUGACCGCCCAUUUGUAGCCCCGCCCACCUCCCCCUCCCAGCCCUGCAUCUUGGACUAGGGGAGAGGCUCAGCCCCGCCCUCUUGAGCAGGAGCCACGCCCACCCCUCUAAGCCACACUCCCUUUCCAGGGGCGCCGAGUAAUAUUUUUUCUGGAAAGGCAGCGGCAGGCCAAAUAGUUUGGGAACCACUGGUCUGGUUUAUCAAGGAGCUGUUCUCGGGAUGGGGUAACCUUGCACUUGUGGAGCUGAUCUGGGGGGAUUCCGGGGGCAUUUGAUGUGGAUUUUGGGGUGCAAAAGGUUGAAGGACCCUUCUGGGCAGAAAAUAUCCAAAGGAAGUAGGAGGGAUAACAGGCUGCAGACAAUGUCCUCAACCUGCAAUGUUUCAGGGAUGAGUCUGCUCCUGUAUUGCGAUGCAUCAAGGAGCUGCUCUGAGGAGGGGUCACCUGGCAAUUUGGGGGGUGGGUGGGGCAUUUGAUGCAUAUUUGAGGUGCAAAAGGGGGGGAGUGCCAUUAGGACUCAGCACCUCAGAGCCCAAAACUAUCUGGUUUUGUGGUAUCCUCCUCUGCCCCGAAUUAGCCCAAAAGCCAGAAGGAGUCAAGCAAAUAUUCCACAAUUUGGGGAAUUUCCAAGUCGGGAGUGGCAUUAUUCCAAGGGGAAGUUCUUUGGCUUAUGGAGAAAUUUGGAGGCAAUGGAAACGGGAAGGGUCAUUGGGGUAAUAUUCUAGUUCUGGUUCCCAGUAGUCAUCCAGUGGUCAUGAUGGGAGGCUAAAGCCAACUCUUGCAUUUCCGGAAAGAAAGAGAUCCUUGGCAUGGAAAUGGAAUGGAUCAUUGGGCUGCUGGGCUACUUCUGUGUUCCCAGUGGCCACCUCGCUGGUGGAUGUUGUGGUUGAGAUGAGAGGCUAAGUUUUGGCAUUAUAUCAACUCUGAGCAGCUUCCCAUUGCCGUUCCAGCAAGAAAGAGAUUGAUCCCUGGUAUGGAAAUGGGAUUAGUCACGGGGUUGGUAUCCUAGUUAUGUGUUCUCCGCGGUCAUCUUGUUGUCCGUAGCGGUCAAAAUAUAAUAUUACGCCGCUUGGCAUGACCUCUAUUCCUUUUCAAUUACAAACAAGAAGGAUAUUGUGUUGUCAAAGGCUUUUAUGGCUGGAUUCACUGGGUUGCUGUGAGUUUUCCAAGCUGUCUGGCUAUGUUCCAGAAGCAUUCUCUCCUGACGUUUCGCCCACAUCUGUAGCAGGCAUCCACAGAGCUGUUGGAAACUAGGAAAGUGGGAUUUAUAUAUCUCUGGAAAGUCCAGGGAAAGUCCAACUCUUGUCUGUUGGAGGCAAGUGUGAAUGUUGCAAUUGGCCUUGCCUAUGCAAAGCCUGGUUGCUUCCUGCCUGAAUCCUUUGUUGGGGAGUGUUAGCUGGCCCUGAUAGUUUCACUUCUGGAAUUUAUUUUAUUUAUUAUUUAUUUAUUAUUUCCAAUAUUUCUAUCCCACCCUUCUCACCCGAAGGAACUCAUGGAGGCGUACAAUUGACAACAAUUCGAUGCUGACACAUCAUUAAAAACAACCAGCAUAUAAACUCUGUUACAAAUAGUUAAAUACAGUAUAAAAUAUAAAACACUAUCUGUGCCCAGCCACGCGUUGCUGUGGCGAAGUCUGGUGGUAUGGGAAAUAAAGUAUUGAGGAAUUGGUAGUAGUUAAGGUAAAGGUUUUACCUUACAUUAAGUCCAUUAUAAAUGGGUUAUAUAGCUGUGUGGAAGGGCCUUGAGUCUGCACUGCCAUAUAAUCCAGUUAAAAUAAGAUAAUCUGUGGAAGAGGCCUAAGUGAGGCCUAACUCUGCCUGUCCCCUGGGCUGAGUGGGUUGCAAGGAGACCAAGUGGGCGGAGCUUAGCCUUCUAACUGGCAGCAAUUGGAUAAAAACAAUUAUUCCUCUCCCUCUAAUUAGGACUUUAUUUUUCUUUUUGUUGUAUGAACGUAGAGGCAUGGAUGCGGGGUUGUGCUGCCAAGUUUAGUGUUUCUGGGAUGUGUAGUUUUGUUGUUUUGUCCUAGGCCGAAAUUUCAUUACCCAUUUAUAUAUAGAUAUGGUUAAAAUCUGUUCAUCCGAAUUCCCCAGAGUGUUGUUCUUUAUUUACUGUCCUGAUUUUAGUGGGUUUUUUAAAAACACUGCAAGGCCAUUAAAUGCUAAUCAAUGUGAUUAGUUGCAACAUUCACACUUGCCUCCAAUGAAGUUCUUUCUCCCACCCUGGACAUUAUUCCACAGAUAUAUAAAUCUCACUUGUCUAGUUUCCAACAGACUUCACAACCCCAGUGGAUGCCUGCCAUAGAUGUGGGAGAAACGUCAGAAGACAAUGCUUCUGGAACAUAGCCAUACAGCCCAGAAAACUCACAGCAACCCAAGAAGGAGAUUAUUCGGCAAUGAAAUUGGGUUGGUUCAUAUUGGGCAGCUAGUCUCGUUCUGUGGUUGCAAGUGAUCUUUUGGCGUCCGUGGGCGGCUUGACGUUGUGGUCAUUCUGAGUAGCUUUCCAUUGUAAAUUUCAGGCAGGAAAAAGAUGGAAAUGGGGUAGAGCAGUGAUUCCCAAAGUGGGCGCUACCGCCCCCUGGUGGACGCCGCAGUGAUCCAGGGGGGCGGUGAUGGCACCUAUUAGGACACGGGGGCGGGGCCAGGAUAGGGGCGGGGCCUCUUCCCAAGAGCCUGAGACAGGGCUGAAAAUUCUAUACCUCUCCUGAGGCUCUUGUUGGGAAACAGUGGGCGGAGCUAGAGAAGGGGGCGGGGUCUCCUUCCAAGAGCCUGAGACAGGGCUGAGCCUCUAUACCUCUACCUUUUAGGACUAGGGGCGGGGCCUCUUCCCAAGAGGAGGAGUAGGAGGAUGGCAGAGGGGACCAUGCACUACCCCAUGGAUUGAAUAAGAGCAGGUCUUGAGGCGCUGCACCCAGUGUGACCACCUUCCCUGGCUUGUGCUGGAAUCUUUGUAGCCUGAUCUUCAGAGUCUUCAUUAUGGCUUUGUUUGCACUCUCUACUUCUCUGAGGUGCUUGUUAGAACACAGGGUGGGGUAAAGAGGUCCAGUCCUGUCAGACACUUGGGAAGAGGCCCCGCCCCCUCCUCUAGCCCCGCCCACUGUGUCCUCACAGGUGCCGCAGGACAGGGAUAGAAGCUCAGCCCUGCCUCAGAGCUCGUAACUCCACCCAUCCAGUCCUGGCCGCCCAUUUGUGGCCCCGCCCACCUUCCCUCAGCCCCGCCCUCUUGAGCAGGAGCCACGCCCACCCCCUCUAAGCCCCGCCCCCUUUCCAGGCGGUACCGAGUAAUAUUUUUUCUGGAAAGUGGUCGGCAGGCCAAAUUAGUUUGGGAACCACUGGGGUAGACUUUGGUACCAAUAUUGUUGUCAUCUGAUGUCAGUCACGGUUAAGGCCAAAGCACCGCUUGGCAUUGUGGUCACUCUGGUCAGCUUUCCAUUGCAAUUCCAGACAAGAAAGAGAGACUUGGCAUAGAAAUGAGAUGGGUCAUUGGGAAGUUCUGGUGGUCAUCCGGCAACCAUAACGGUCAAAGAGAAAGCCGCUCGAUGUUAACAGUGACUCCGGGCAGAUACUUGGCAUGGAAAUGGGAAAUGGUCAUUGGGAUGAUAGAUGGGUGAUGUGGUCCAUAACGGUCAAAGCGGCUCAAGUCAACGGCAAUCCCGGGCAGCUUUCUGCCGUAGUUCCCUUCGUUGCGGUCACUUCGAGACCCCAUAUAUUGCUGGACUUUUUUUUUUUAAAAAAAGGGAAAAAACAAUCAUCCCCAAUGAAACCACCGGUGCUGUGACUGACCGCUCGCUCUCUGGCGGAGGCUGGCCUUCGCAAGGGCCGGGUCAAGGGCUUGCUCGGACCAUUCGCCCCAAAGAAACCGGACAUCUCCCCGCCGGAGCUGGACACAUCCAAUGGAUGCCGUGGACUGGGCUGCUUGACACUUUAGAAG